CUUUCUUCAAGAAAUUAUCAAGCUCCUAUCGCAGAGCGGUUGGAAAAAGGAAUUGUUGUUUUGGAUAGUGCUUGUGGGGCUGGAGCACACUGGUCUAAAGCUAUGGGAGAAAAAUACCCUAGUUCUGUUUUCACGGGUGUCGACAUCUCAAAUGUUUUUCCCUCGGAGUCAUUCUCUAACAUCAAAUUUAAAAUGGGAAACAUCACAAAGAGUAUCCCAUUUCUCGAUGAAACAUUUGAUUUCGCUUUUCAAAAGUUGCUUGGUCUUGCUUUUACUAGUGAGGAAUGGGAUAGUAAUUUAAAAGAAUUGCAUCGUGUCCUGAAGCCUGGAGGUUAUAUUGAAUUGUCUGAGAUUUAUGGUGUAUCUGCUCAUAAUACAGGACCUUUGCUGAGUCAGGUCAUGCAUGCAUUCAAAACCGUUUCUAGCUCCAAGAGUAUAAUUGUAGAUAGAGCACCAUUAGAAUUGGAAAACUUUUUAAUCAAAGCAGGCUUUACAGAUCAGACAGUAAUUGUUAAGGAGAUGCCAUUAAAUCAUAGUGAGCAUGGCAAAUUAUAUUGGUAA